CAGGCAGUGUCCUAGCUGUGUGUGUGGUUCACGUGGAGCAGAAAUGAGGCCGCUCACUGAUGAGGAGACGAGGACUAUGUUCGAGAAACUCUCCAAAUACAUUGGAGAGAACAUAAAACUGCUGGUGGAUCGUCCUGAUGGUUCGUACUGUUUCCGAUUACACAACGAACGUGUGUAUUAUGUCAGUGAAAAAAUGUUAAAGUUGGCAACAAACAUCGCACGGGACAAGCUGGUGUCUCUGGGGACGUGUUUCGGAAAGUUUACCAAGAUGCAGAAGUUCCGACUUCAUAUCACAGCUUUGGAUUACCUGGCUCCGUAUGCGAAGUACAAGGUCUGGGUGAAGCCGGGCUCUGAGCAGUCUUACUUGUAUGGAAACCACGUUCUGAAGUCCGGGCUUGGAAGGAUAACUGAGAACACCGCACAGUACCAGGGAGUGGUUGUAUACUCCAUGGCAGAUGUGCCGCUGGGCUUCGGUGUAGCAGCAAAGUCCACUCAGGAGUGCCGUAAACUAGACCCGAUGGCCAUUGUGGUCAUCCACCAGGCUGACAUUGGCGAGUACAUCAGGCAUGAAGACACACUCACAUAAACUGCUGUUAGUGGCCUGCCAAAGACUUUCUAAAUCGGAGGGUCCGGUCACUUCCA